UUACCAAGGAAUGCGGCAGAUUAUGCUACGACAGAGGCGGGUCAAUCAGCCCGCCGUGCCGGAGACCGCCGUCGCAGCAGUCGCCGCGAUCGACGCAGCCGGGCCAGGACUGUCAGCACACCACUGCUUCAGUUCUGUCGUCAAUGGGGACGAGGUGGCCAUCGGCUUCAAGACGAACGUGGUGGCACACGCUGCCACAAACGACCAUGUCAACGUGCAGGCCGAUGGGACCUUCCGUGUGGUGCCUCACCAGUUUCACCAGUUACUGGUGGUGUUCAUGGGAGUCAGCGGUGCCAUGCUUCCCGCCGUCUUCGUUUUAAUGUCGUGUAGGACCCGGCGGCUCUACCAUGCAGUUUUCGGUGAGAUCCGCCGGGUCCUCGGCGCCCCAGUGCGCCGCUUCCUUUCGGACUGGGAGCGAGCGCUGCAGGGAGCCGCCGCCGCGGCGUGGCCAGCAGCCGUGCAGAGCGGCUGCUGGUUCCACUAUGCUCAGGCCAUCAUUCGUCAGAUACGGCGCCUCGGGCUGCACGCCGAGUACACCAUGGAGGCGUCAGCCUUUUCAAGAUGGGCUCGGAAGAUUGUCAUUCUUCCCCUCGUGCCAGCUGACCGGCUCCACGAGGCGUGGACCCUGCUCUUGGAGCGCCAGGUGCCCGAGGUGCGUAUGGAGCUGGCGGCGCCCCUGGCCCGGCUCGUCCAGUACUUGACGAGGCAGUGGCGGCGGGUGGAGCCAGCAAACCUGUCCGUCUUCGGAUUGGUUCGGCGCACCAACAAUGACGCCGAGUCAUUUUUCAACACCCUGGGAAGCAGCUUCCCAAACGCCCACCCCAGCUUCUGGCUGUUUGUGACGAAAAUGAACGAGGCGAUCGCGGCAGCUAACAGAGACUGCCGGGCUGCGGAGCCAGGCACGCUCCAGCGGACUGCGCGCUCCGCGAGACGCUCCCACUGGAUCCACGGCCGUCUCCGGGCCCUGCAGCAGGAGAUGGUGGAGGGCGGCCGGUCCCUGUCCGAAUACCUAGAGGCGGCCAAGCACCUAUUCAGGCAGCGAUCGGCAAACCUGGAGGGCGUUCCGGAGGAGGUUGAGGACCCGGCAUUGGCCGCCGAGGAAGCCGAAGAGGAGCGUGCACCUGGAGCCGGGCUCAAUGAGCACCCCUAUGAACGCGGGGAUCUCCCAGCUGCACCGGAGGCUGCCGUCGAGGCAGCAGCGGACGAGGCGGCAGCGGACGAAGGACCGUGGCAACAGCCUGCCCCAACCUGUUCCAUCUGCCUGGAGCCGUGGAGCCCGCGGGUGAGGCGAGCGGCGGUAAUGCCCUGCAUGCACGCGCUUGGCUGCCUCGCCUGCCUGCGCCACGUGCAGGCGGCGGCUGACACGGGCAUGGCCGUCUGCCCGUUCUGUCGAGGACCUUUCGUGGCGGAGCCCGUGCAGCUGUUCCUCUGAAGCCAGUGGCAACGAGACCGUCCCUGCCAGAUCCGGCGCCUGCGAAGAGUUCCUGAGCUCGAUCGAGUUUCUUACGUUAUCCGAAUCGAAAUAAAAAAGACAACUUUCAUAUGGUGAUUUGCUUUAUCCAUGCGCCAAGAGUCGCCAGUUUCGUGGCGGAGCCCGUGCAGCUGUUCCUCUGAAGCCAGUGGCAACGAGACCGUCCCUGCCAGAUCCGGCGCCUGCGAAGAGUUCCUGAGCUCGAUCGAGUUUCUUACGUUAUCCGAAUCGAAAUAAAAAAGACAACUUUCAUAUGGU